UCGUGAUUGUUGACUUUUCGACAACCAGCUUUCGCCAUGGAGCGCAGAGAUUCGACGGCGUCGCAAAGCACGCUUUUCUCUCUGCAACAACUAGAUCCCUCACCUUUCGACUCACCAGAUUCAGAAUACGAUAAACAACUCCCAAACCUGCCACGCCAAAGCUCCAAUCCGCUGGGACUAAGUGGCAGCGGCCACGGCGCUGCAUACUACCGUAAGCCACCUGAAUAACUCAACUUACUAGAGUACACCCUAAAUACUAACAAAACACCAGUGACUCGUCUUCAAAAAUACUCCUCUUACGUCUUUACAAUCUACACCUCCUUCCAUAUAACAAACACCUCUCUAAUACCCCUCCUCACCCGCUCUAUUCCCGAAUCAGAAAAAUACCUCCUCCUGACAAGACCCUACUACCAAUCCUUCCCCUUCGAACCCCUCCUCAUCACCCUCCCCAUCGCAACACACAUCCUCUCCGGCCUCGCCCUCCGCAUCCACAGACGCAACGCGAAUCUCGUCCGCUACGGCGCCGUCCACCUCCCCAUCUCCACACGCCUCGAACGCCGCCUCAAGGUCUGGCCCGAGGUCUCCUGGACCUCCUUCUCGGGGUAUAUACUAGCACCACUAUUUAUCGGGCAUGCGUUCAUCAACAGAUUACUGCCGUGGGUAUACGAGGGCGGUUCGUCGAGUGUAGGAUUGGGCUUUGUGGCACAUGGGUUUGCGAAGCAUCCUGCUGUUGCGUGGACAGGGUAUGUUUCUUUGAUUGGGAUUGCGUCUGCGCAUUUUGUUUGGGGAGCGGCGAAGUGGAAUGGGUGGGUGGUGCAUGGGACGACGAAGAAGGCUAGGAGGAGGUGGUGGGGGUUGCAUGGGGCGAGUGUGGCGGUGGCGGUGGUUUGGAUGGCGGGGGGAUUGGGAGUGGUUGCGAGUGGGGGGAUGGCGGAGGGGUGGAUUGGGAAGAGUUAUGAUGUGCUUUAUUCGAAGAUUCCCCUGGUUGGGUUCUAG